CCCCGCUUCCGGAGCCCGCGCCGGGCCACGCAAAGCCCGCCGGGAGCCGGCCGCCACCGCCAAGAUGUCGCAGGCCAAGAAGAGAAAGCUUGAGUCGGGGGGCGGCGGCGGAGGAGGGGAAGCCGCGGAGGAGGAAGAUGGCGGGGUCCCGGAGGAGGCCCCGCUGCGGCCCCGGAGGACUAAGCGGGAGCGGGACCAGCUGUACUACGAGUGCUACUCGGACGUGUCGGUCCACGAGGAGAUGAUCGCCGACCGCGUCCGCACCGACGCCUACCGCCUGGGCAUCCUGCGGAACUGGGCGGCGCUGCGCGGCAAGACCGUGCUGGACGUUGGCGCGGGCACCGGCAUCCUGAGCAUCUUCUGCGCCCAGGCCGGGGCCCGGCGCGUGUACGCCGUGGAGGCCAGCGCCAUCUGGCAACAGGCCCGGGAGGUGGUGCGGCUCAACGGGCUAGAGGACCGGGUACACGUCCUGCCGGGCCCGGUGGAGACCGUGGAGCUGCCGGAGCAGGUGGAUGCCAUCGUGAGCGAGUGGAUGGGCUACGGGCUCCUGCACGAGUCCAUGCUGAGCUCCGUGCUGCACGCGCGGUCCAAGUGGCUGAAGGAGGGCGGGCUUCUGCUGCCGGCUUCCGCCGAGCUCUUCGUGGCUCCCAUCAGCGACCAGAUGCUGGAGUGGCGCCUGGGCUUCUGGAGCCAGGUGAAGCAGCACUACGGGGUGGACAUGAGCUGCCUGGAGAGCUUCGCUACGCGCUGCCUCAUGGGCCACUCGGAGAUCGUGGUGCAGGGCCUGUCCGGCGAGGACGUGCUGGCCCGGCCGCAGCGCUUCGCCCUGCUGGAGCUGGCCCGGGCCGGCCUGGAGCAGGAGCUGGAGGCCGGCGUGGGCGGGCGCUUCCGCUGCAGCUGCUACGGCUCGGCGCCCAUGCAUGGCUUUGCCGUCUGGUUCCAGGUGACCUUCCCCGGAGGGGACUCGGAGAAGCCCCUGGUGCUGUCCACCUCGCCUUUCCACCCGGCCACGCACUGGAAGCAGGCGCUCCUCUACCUGAACGAGCCGGUGCCGGUGGAGCAAGACACAGACGUUUCCGGAGAGAUCACGCUGCUGCCCUCCCGGGACAACCCUCGUCGCCUGCGCGUGUUGCUGCGCUACCGAGUGGGGGACCAGGAGGAAAAGACCAAAGACUUUGCCAUGGAGGACUGAGCGUGGCCUUUUCUCCCACCUGCCUUCCAGGGCGGGUCUGGCCUGCGACGGAGAGGCGUAGGGAGGUCGGAGGAGAAAGGGAGAUCCCACGUGCAAGUAGGGGUCAAUAUCCGUCUCCCUUUUCCCUCGUGGUCCCCGGGGAGGGAGAGUGACCUCAGUCUCCGUUUGAGACGCUUCUUCUGGCGAUGUUUAUUUUUUAUAGUGAUCCCCCCUCAACGACAGAUACAGCUUGCUCGUUAUUGAGCUUUGAAGCCAUAAAAGCAUAUAGUCCCAAGCACUUGUAUUUCCAUUGAUUUUGUCUUGGGGUGGAGACACGGAUGCAAAUGUUCAUUUAAUAAAGGGCCCAUGCACAUCCCUGACACCGCACACCUUAUCUGAGUCUAAAGCUGGGAGAAGUGUAAGAAGGUUCAUUUAGCCUCCAUCAAUUUCCAAAAUGACUAAUAUCUCUCCAAAGCCAUAUUUGCUCAGUCUCAGAAUUCCUCCUGUCUCUAGGUGCCUGUAGCCUGUGGUACUUCUCCCUGUUUUCUAAGUAAACGUCACGACUGGUAAUGAAGUGAAAGAGAUGAGAAAGCUCUUUAAAAAGCCCUAUUUUCAUGACUCUUUACUACGUCAUAGUUGAUGAGCACAUGAAUCCAUUAAGUAAAAAGGGCUUUAUGUAAUUGUAUUGCAUACCUAAGAAAUUCAGAAGGUACAUUUAGGAGAAAAAAACCUGACAGUGAAGCAGGAUGAAUUUUUUUAAAAAUUACUGUCUUCACUAAUAAGAACCAAGAAAAUAUUUCAUGUAUGUUCCAUAAUAAAUACUUUUGUCAUUCUUAUGAAAACAGGCUGACAGAGGUUUCUGAACUUAACCCAAAGGCUUAUUCAUCACCAUGGGUAGAUUGUUUAAGCUCACUUAAUUAAGGAAAAUAUUUUCCCAUCUAGAAAAGUGCACUCAUUCUCAGUUAAAAACUCUAAUUUAGAGGGCUCAUGUGACUUGGCCUAUUUACAAGUAGUGAAACUGCCUUUUUUAGUUUUUGGUUUUUUUGGGUUUUUUUUAGCUCAGCCAAAUGUGAAAGUUGUGAAUUUGGGAAAAUCACUUGCAAUGAAGUGUGAAUCAUGUUAUCAAAUUUAUUUCACUGAUGUUUCCCUCCUUUUCCCUGUAGCCAAUAAAACUUUGACAUUCUUACUUUUUCUAGAGCAAGCAAACUGCCUUGUGUACUGUCUGAGUUAUAAUGCUUUUGCCUUUUUAAUAUUGUUCGUUCUUAAAAGUGUUAUAACUUCUUCAGAAUAUAACUUCAGGACAAUCCAAACUAUGCUUAAUGUUUGGUUUUUGCAUACCAGUAGCUUUUGUAUGCUAAUAGCAUAUAGGUGUGAAAGACAUGUUCAGAAAUAGUCUAACAUUUGUAUAACUGAGUUUUCUGCCCUUUUAUUCAUUGCAUAUUUAAGUAUUA